GCGCGCCCCCUCAAUGCGCGGGCACAGCAGCCAGGCUGCCGGAGAGCAGAUCUCUGGGAUUUGGGUGCGGAGCUUGGCCUGGAGGUGAUAUGGGUGGUCCGCAGCCCUUUUCAGUCGCUCGCAACAGCCGGGGGAACAGCCCUGUCUGGCCUUGAGGGGGUUCCCUUUCUGAAGCUGCGGUGCUUGGACGACCUGCUUUCUGCUCUCGGCGUUGCUGGGCACGUGUAGGUGUCUUCUCAAGGGUUCAGUGUUGAGGUUCCAGUCAGUGUAGCCAUGAAGGGGCUACCUGUUGGGCUGAUGCUGUGACCCAUGAAUCUGCCUUCUUGCCACUCCCCUGCCCAGAACAUGUGGCUACAUCUGGGCUCACCGUCACUGCCCCUGAGCCCUAAGCCCACAGUUGGCCGGAGCCUCUGCCUCACCCUGUGGUUCUUCAGCUUGGUGCUGAAGGCCAGCACCCAGGCCCCAGCACCAACAGUCAAUACUCACUUUGGGAAGCUAAGGGGUGCCCGGGUGCCACUGCCUAGUGAAAUGCUGGGGCCUGUGGACCAAUACCUGGGAGUACCCUAUGCUGCUCCUCCAAUUGGCGAGAAACGUUUCUUGCCUCCUGAACCACCCCCCUCCUGGUCAGGCAUUCGGAAUGCCACUCACUUCCCACCAGUAUGCCCCCAGAACAUUCACACAGCUGUGCCCGAAGUCAUGCUGCCUGUCUGGUUCACUGCCAACUUGGACAUUGUUGCUACAUACAUCCAGGAGCCCAACGAAGAUUGCCUCUACCUGAAUGUCUAUGUGCCCACAGAGGAUGUAAAGCGGAUUUCCAAGGAAUGCGCCCGAAAGCCCAACAAGAAAAUUUGUAGGAAAGGAGGAUCCGGCGCUAAGAAACAGGGCGAGGACUUAGCGGAUAAUGACGGGGAUGAAGAUGAAGACAUCCGAGACAGUGGUGCUAAGCCCGUCAUGGUCUAUAUCCAUGGAGGCUCUUACAUGGAAGGGACAGGCAACAUGAUUGAUGGCAGCGUCCUGGCCAGUUAUGGUAACGUCAUCGUCAUCACCCUCAACUACCGGGUUGGAGUGCUAGGUUUCCUGAGCACCGGCGAUCAGGCUGCCAAAGGAAACUAUGGGCUCCUUGACCAAAUCCAAGCACUCCGCUGGGUGAGCGAAAAUAUUGCCUUCUUUGGUGGUGAUCCCCACCGUAUCACUGUCUUCGGAUCAGGCAUUGGCGCAUCAUGUGUCAGCCUCCUCACACUGUCGCAUCAUUCUGAGGGGCUUUUCCAGAGAGCCAUUAUCCAAAGUGGUUCUGCUCUGUCCAGCUGGGCUGUAAACUACCAGCCUGUGAAGUAUACAAGCCUGCUGGCAGACAAGGUUGGCUGUAAUGUGCUAGACACGGUGGACAUGGUGGACUGUCUUCGGCAAAAGAGUGCCAAGGAAUUGGUGGAGCAGGACAUCCAGCCAGCCCGAUACCAUGUGGCCUUCGGCCCAGUGAUUGAUGGUGAUGUCAUUCCUGAUGACCCCGAGAUCCUCAUGGAACAGGGGGAGUUCCUGAACUAUGAUAUCAUGCUAGGUGUCAACCAGGGAGAGGGCCUUAAGUUUGUAGAAGGCGUGGUUGACCCUGAAGAUGGGGUCUCUGGCACAGAUUUUGACUACUCAGUUUCCAACUUUGUGGACAAUCUGUAUGGCUAUCCGGAGGGCAAGGACACCCUGCGGGAAACCAUCAAGUUCAUGUACACUGACUGGGCAGACCGUGAUAAUCCUGAGACCCGCCGUAAAACCUUGGUAGCCCUCUUCACUGACCAUCAGUGGGUGGAGCCCUCAGUGGUAACAGCUGAUCUGCAUGCCCGCUAUGGCUCACCUACCUACUUUUAUGCCUUCUAUCAUCACUGCCAGAGCCUCAUGAAGCCUGCAUGGUCAGAUGCAGCUCAUGGGGAUGAAGUACCCUAUGUUUUUGGUGUCCCUAUGGUAGGUCCCACUGACCUCUUCCCCUGCAAUUUCUCCAAGAAUGAUGUCAUGCUCAGUGCUGUCGUCAUGACCUACUGGACCAACUUUGCCAAGACUGGAGAUCCCAACAAGCCAGUGCCCCAGGACACCAAAUUUAUUCACACCAAAGCCAACCGCUUUGAGGAAGUUGCCUGGUCCAAGUACAAUCCCCGCGAUCAGCUCUAUCUUCACAUUGGGCUGAAACCAAGGGUCCGAGAUCAUUACCGGGCCACCAAGGUAGCCUUCUGGAAACAUCUGGUGCCCCACCUCUACAACCUGCAUGACAUGUUCCACUACACGUCCACUACCACCAAAGUGCCACCCCCAGACACCACCCACAGCUCCCACAUCACUCGCAGGCCCAACGGCAAAACCUGGAGCACCAAGCGACCAGCCAUCUCUCCUGCCUACAGCAAUGAGAAUGCACAGGGGGGCUGGAAUGGGGAGCAGGAUGCAGGGCCCCUCCUGGUAGAAAACCCCCGUGACUACUCCACUGAAUUAAGUGUCACCAUUGCUGUGGGGGCUUCUCUCCUCUUCCUCAAUGUUCUGGCCUUUGCUGCCCUCUACUACCGGAAAGACAAGAGGCGUCAGGAACCCCUGAGGCAUCCUAGCCCUCAGAGGGGAGCAGGAGCUCCUGAGUUGGGAGCUGCUCCUGAGGAGGAACUGGCAGCAUUACAGCUAGGCCCCACCCACCAUGAGUGCGAUGCUGGUCCCCCCCACGACACAUUGCGCCUCACUGCCCUGCCUGACUACACACUGACCCUGCGGCGUUCUCCUGAUGACAUUCCACUCAUGACUCCCAAUACCAUCACUAUGAUUCCCAACUCCCUGGUAGGGCUGCAAACACUGCACCCCUAUAACACCUUUGCCACAGGAUUCAAUAGUACUGGGCUGCCCCACUCACACUCCACCACCCGGGUAUAGCUCUAGCCCAGAGCACAGCCUUUCUCCCAACUCUCUCCCUCCUAGAUCCAUGAACACAUACAUGCACACAUACAUACACACAGAGACAUGGAUACACAUAUAUGUGUACACACACCAACAUCUGACA